AUGGCCACUACCGACAUUUGGAAGGAUCUCACGGCGGGUAUCUCCCGACUGAAUCUGAAAAGCACACCAAAAAGCCAAUUCCUCCACGAGACCGUGCAGAGACAUCCGACGGAAAUCUGGAGAAGCGAUAUCUGGCAAGCAUGCAAGGACGGAAUUCUGCUCAAUUUCCAGUCAGAAUUGCAAAAUUUGAGACCCAGAGACGUUUCGCGAUUUGUCAAUGCUAGAGAUAGGGACGGUAACACUGCUUUGAUAGUUGCUUCCGCCGUGGCUCAUGGACGUAAAAGCUGCAAGGCGAUAAUUACAACCUUGCUCGCAGCAGGUGCCGAUAUCAACACCAAGAACCAGGAAGGUCGAACGGCAUUAAUGGAAGCGUCGCUAUUGGGAGGACUCGCAGCGGUGGAGGUUCUCCUGAACCCGGAACAAGGUAGUCCAGCGGACGUGAACCUGAGAGACAACCUGGGUCUCACAGCCAUGGAUUUGGCCGGUACAAAUGCGAUUUUAGGAGCUGAAAGAAGGAGAAGACACAGUAGUGGUGAAGAUCAAGGGCGGCUCUUUGAUCAUGAACGUCGGAGGCGCGUCAUAGAACUAUUAGCCGGAAUUGAUGAUGGAAGCAUCGCAUCUACGUCCGCCUACCCCGAACAUAUGUCAGCGCAUUCGGAUGUAAGGACCAAUGGUGAAGCAAGUUCCAUUGUUCAGCUGGAAGCGAGACUAUCUCAAGCCCAUAAUGAGACCGAGGACUUGCUUGACACAAUUUCGACGAAAGAAGACAAGUUUCGUGCACAGCAAUUCGAACUGGAAUAUACCAAGCAGAUAUGCGAACAACUAGAAAAUCAAUUAUCGGAUGCCGAAGAGAAAUUGAUUUUGGCAAAGCGGCAGACAGAAACUCCAGCCCAACGAAGAAACAACAAGAAUUUGCAGUUUCGGGUAACUGAGCUCAAAGAUGGUACACUCGAUACGCAAAUUGAGAUGAUAAGAACGUUUCAUUACAAGCCGCGUCCGCGAUAUGGUACUCGCGAGCUUGUGCACAGCAGACCGACUAUCGCAUACAUGCAAAUGAACGGCAGUCACCUUGCAAGAAAUGGAAAGCUUCCUGAAGAAGGUUUCAUAGAUUCUUCACGUUGGGUUGCACAAGCACACGACCUGUUCAAGGUGUUGGGAUCAACAUAUGGCAAGACUUGGUUCCAACAUACUGAACCACAACUCAUGGCCUUGUGUGUUUGCCAUUUUCGAGAGAUCAGCCACCUCACUUUGGAUCAGUUCAGGAGUAAACGACCAGUCGAUUCGUACGUCGUGCCGGAGGUGAUAGAAAUAUCUGUCAGUCGAAAACCUUGCUCUCAUUGUGAGUCGCUCAAGGAUUUGGUGAACAAGACCACGAAGGGGUACAAGUUCGAAUUCCAUCUCAUACAUGCAGAAGCCUCUUAA